UCCAAUGCCUCCUGGAAUUUACCCUUCCUUUUGUUUUUGGUGAUAUGGCAGUAAUGGCAAAGGUUGUUGUUUUGGUUCUCGUUGCUACUUUCAGUAAUGUCAUUUGUUUUCCAAAGAGGGAAGCUGCCCAUGAGGUUGAGGUUUCAACAACACCGUCUCCCAACAAUCAGACCCAAACUGAAGCUGUGGGUGGUGCAAGUGAAGAUGUUGAAGCAGGCACUCCAGCACCAAUUCCCCACAAUCAGACUGCUACUGCACAGCCUGAUGUGACGGAUGGGCCAAGUGAAGAUGAUGUGGUAACUGCGUCCUCAAGGCCCCAAAACCAGACAACACCUGCUGCCCAAACUGAAAAUGCUGAAACUGAUGGGCCAAGUGAAGAUGGAUGGGCAGAAAUGACGGUUACCACAAGUCCCCAAAACCAGACAACAGCUGCUGCCCAAACUGAAAAUGCUGAAACUGAUGGGCCAAGUGAAGAUGACGUGGUAACUGCAACCCCAUGUCCCCAAAACAAGACCACGUCAUGUGCCACAGGUGGAGUAACUGAAUGUUUUCCGCACUUAAAGGUGGAUGUGGACUUCCCUGGCAGCGAUGUGAAGCAGAUCAUAUCCACUGAUGAGCUCCACUGCCAACGGGCCUGCAGCCAGCAUCCCUCCUGCCAGUUCUUUAGCUUUCUCAGGCCUGACUGGACCAGGGACAGCAGGCGUUUCUACUGUUACCUCAAGCACACAGAUUCUGGGAAACCAUCUCGAGUGACCAAGCUGAAGGGGGUGACAUCAGGCUACUCCCUUAAAAACUGCAAGGAGACAACUGAGUCGCCAGAUGAACCAAGUGACGAUGCUGAGGUUGCCGCCACAACCCAAAAUGCCCAAAACCAGACCACUUUGGCCCACACUGGAACUGAUGGUCCAAGUGAGGAUGCUGUGUUAACCACUGUACUGAAUCUGCAAAAUGGGACUACCCCUGCCCAAGAUGUAACCGCCAUUACUGACUCCCACAAUGACUCCUGAUGUGACUCUCAGAAUGCUAAUGCUUUAUGGAAUUCUCUGUCAUGACUUUCUCCAUCUUGAAUUUCAAUAAAGAUCACAUUUUCUUUUCAAA